ACAGUGACUCCUCAACUUCGAGCAGCGAGUUCAUCAGAAGACUCAAAGAUUCCUAAACCUGCCAGUGAACCUGGGCGUCCGGGGCGUGGGGGUUACACACUUCGUGAAGCUUUAGAUUGGAAUCCAAAGGCAUACGACAAAAUUCAAGUAUUGCAAAUUAACUCGCGAAUUCCUAGAGGUCUAUGCAUAGUCUCAUCGACAACCACCUUGACACGACAAAAUGCGCUUCUGCCCAAAGUCCUGCGCUAUUGGAAGUCGCAGCUCGACAACUUCCCAGACCUUGACAAUUAUAACAACUUGUGGCCAGUCAACGAUUUGAUCAUGACACGCCUGAAAUACACGUCUGGACGCGCGAGACGAAAGGUGGGAGAAAUGGCUGUAGGCAAGAGCAAGAGCAAGGCCAGGAACUGGCAUUCAAAGAUUAGUAGCCACGAGUUUUACGCGCAUCAGGGAGAGCGAAACUACAUCAUGCAAGUCGUCUGCGAAGCUACCCAGAACCCUCAAGACGCGCAUCAGGGAGAGCGAAACUACAUCAUGCAAGUCAUCUGCGAAGCUACCCAGAAACCCGUCAGUAUCAGUUCAAGCCGGUGCUUUCGAAUGUUUAGUCAAGAUCAUUGUGGCACUGUACUACGACAAUAUGGCUUUCUAUAUGGAACGGAUCUUGUUUGGCAUAUAUCUGCAGUCCAGCUGAGAAACUCGCUAACCGACAAUUGGUACGAGUACUCAGGGGUUUCACAAGAGUAA